UUCGUCUCAUAUCCACUCACCUUGUUUAGCUAUAACUGUAUGUUAUUUUCAUUGUUGAGUCCACUCUUACACGGUGUUCAUGAUUUCUGCAGGUGGCUUGGAGGGUCAUGUUUCUCGUGAUUGCACGAUGGAAGUCAAGGCCAAGUCUUGCUACAAAUGUGGUCAAGAGGGUCACAUUGUAUGUUUUCUGAGGAUGUUGGUCAAUCUUUUUACUCAUUGGAUUCAGUCUCGCGAUUGCCCUGACGCCGGUGCAGGCGGCGGCGGCGGCAGCUAUGGUGGGGGAUUUUCCAGCCAGGAGUGCUACCGCUGCGGCAAACCCGGCCACAUUGCGCGCGCAUGUCCUGAGGCCGCAGGAGGCAACUCUAGCUACGGAGGCGGAGGCGGAGGCGGAGGCAAUUAUUCUGCUUUUGGUGGCGGAGGCUCGAAGACUUGGUUUGUCUCUAUUAUGUCCAUCUUACAUUGUACUAAUUCGCCAUACACAGCUAUACCUGCGGUGGUGUAGGUCAUCUGUCACGCGACUGCGUUCAGGGCUCUAAGUGCUAUAACUGCUCGGGCGUGGUACGUUGCUCUGCAUAUAA